AUGACCUCCUUUCGUGAUACCCAAUCUUUUCCGCUCCAAGCGGUCUUGCCCAGCCCAAUAUACCCGGGAGAAACCACCAUCGGGGAGUCAGGUGAUGUGCACGGCUCUGUUGAGGAAAGCCAGGAGGCUAGUCCUGCCGGGCACACCUUCCUUGCCAUGAAACUUUCUCCGACCAUGUUCCACCCAGACGCGUUCUCAUAUGGCUCCCAGUCCACUCCCAUCAAGCUCGAGGAACGGUCUGGAAGGCCCACCUUUCAGUCUUCCGCCCCUCACUUUCCUCUCGGCGAGCCCAUAUACUCCCGAGAAAUCUAUCUUUACUACCACGGCGAACUUUGUCAUCACUACACCAUUCUGUUCACCUUAGGAGGCCUCCCAGAGGCAAACUGCUACGCCUCCGAUAGAUACACUGUUUCCUACACAGAGCUGUUCUAUGAAGAUAUCGCAAAACCGGAGUGGCACAUCGAUCUCGAGGAGAAAGACCUCAGAGAUUUGUGUGUCUUUCAAGCCAAGGUGGACCAGGAGAAGGACGAGGAGGAAUUUGCUGCUGUGUGUUAUUCCCAAGAGUACCACUGGGAGUCUCUUUACACUCCUCAAGGCUUUAUGGUGGUCUUCUGUAUUCCUCCAAAGGAAGGAGGAGCAUGUUUAUACAUCUGUACCGUUGAAGGGUACAAUUGA